AUGAUGAUAAAUACUACAAGACACCAAUCUUUCUCAUUCCAACCUUCUUCUCAUAUUGAUACAUCUUUUUCCAUAUCAACAAACUCAAGAAGAUCUUCCAACAUGAAUGAUCAAACUUCCAAUAAUCUUCAUUCAGUUACUCAAUUGAAGUCCCGUCCCUUACUAGGUCAUCCAAAUGGUAUCCAUCUAUCUCACCAUAAUAACAAUAAUAUUCUAAAUAAUCAUCACAUGUUAUCAAAUAGGCCUCGUCUGUCUCUUAGCUCUCAUUCGUAUUCCAUGGGUCAUUCUCGUCCAAGACAAGCUAGUUUACCUGGGCUACCAAUCCCAACUACACCAACAAUAACAAACAAUACUAACAAUAAACCUACCUCUAAUCAAUAUUCUCCAUUAUUACCAGGAUUUUCGUCUCCUGGUUAUAUUACAAGCCCUGCUUCUACAAAUGUUGCUAGUCCAGUUACAACUUCAACUCCAUAUAUGGGUAACAACAAUAAUAAUACAACAACUUCAACAACAACAACAACAACUACUACUACUACCAAUAAUAACACUAAUAACGGUACAACAAACUCAAGUGCUCAAGGUUCUCCAGGUGGAGUCAGAUUACCACCAUUAUCAUCGUUAGUUGCCAUAGCUAAUUCUCCAUCAGCCACUACAAAUACAUCAACAUCUACUUUAACAUCUCCAAAUUCAAUCUCAUAUACUAACACCACAAAUAAUAGUAUAUUAGAUUUAAGAAAAAAUUCUACUCAUGGCUUGGGAAUUUAUUCCGUACCAAGUAUUGAUAAUAGUACAACUAAUGAUUCAACAACUCCUCCUGCUACACCAGGCAGUGUAGCUGAAUCUCCAAAGAGUACAAUAUCAAUGCUUCAUAUAAAUUCAAAUACUAAAAAUGGUGUCACCAACUUACCAACGUCAAACGCCACUCCAAUAGUUUCAAACUAUAAUUCAACUUCAAUCCAUCAUCCACAAAUCAAUCGUAAUAAUAGUAUUCAUUCUAAUAUUCAAAUCAAAUCUGAACAUCAACAGCCUCCACCUCCACCUCCUGCUACUACUUUGAGUGGGAAACAAUGCCCUGUUUGUGGGAAAGUUUGUUCACGUCCAUCUACUUUAAAGACUCAUUAUUUGAUUCAUACUGGUGAUACCCCUUAUAAAUGUAAAUGGCUAAAUUGCACAAAAUCCUUUAACGUGAAAAGUAAUAUGUUAAGACAUUUGAAAAAUCAUGAAAAAAAAUUAGAAAAAAUGAAAGAGCAAAUGAUUGCUAAUGGUAUAAUAAAUGAUGAAUAUUUUGAAAGAUGCUAUACUGCAAAUGCAAAAGUAUUGGAAGUAUUACAUACCAAGGAAAAUGAAAAGAAAAAGAUUAGAAAGACUUCAGUACCUUUCAAGAAAUAA